AUGGCCGACGGUAGCCCAGAUGACAUGUCUUUCGCCAGCCACUCCUCCGCGGAUGAUAUAUUUGCCGAAUCUGAGUGGCUAGAGCAGAUUGAUGGGCUCAUAUUCAACCAAGAUGAUAGCGACUCAAACAAGACACCGGUUGGCUAUUGUGAUGGCAAACUGAUCAAACGUGAAAAGAUCCGCGACAAAUACGGCCGUUUGAAGCCCGAGUCCAAGAGCCAUCCGGUCAAGAAGGGCUCUGGUAUUUGGAACGCUGAGCUAGACGACGGAGACAUAUUUUUAAUCGAGUCCCUGAGAAUCGAUGGGCAAUAUCGCCGCCUCGGAAAGGAAAGCAUGCUUGUGAGAGUCAUGCUGGAAAAAGUCACGGACAAAACUUUAGGUUUUGUUACUAUCGUGCACCCUGGUAUGCUGCGCAGCGAAGUGCUCUGCGAGCCUCGCGGGGAAGAGGUGCACAACAAGGAAUCGUCAGAAUUGGCUGCUAUGGAUAUAUCGAAAUCCUUUCUGGCGAUCUUUGGGGUUUCGACGAAUCGGCUCUUCUUCGUGAUUCCAGCACUGUCUUCAAGCAUCCUAGACACCGAGCUGGAGCACAAGAUUAAACCUGCCCUGGAGUGCAGCAGUGACAACGACUUCGUGCACUUUCUUAGCCACAUCUGGGCCGAUGCUGCGGGGGAUGACCCGCGAUGGACAUCAACGGAUACAAAUGGAAAUACUGUUUUGCACCUUGCUGCAACCAACCGCAACGCCCACGGCGAGACUCCAUUGGAUGCUCUGCUGACAAGCCUCGAGGAAAGUAGGACAACACGUCGCUUUAAUGCAUUGACCGAAGAUAUUUCAGACCAGUUCGCUGUGUUCAACGACGCUGCGGUUGACUGCCUAAAGUUUCUCAAUGGCGGCACGGAAGUGACCGACGUCGUUUGGCAGCGCUUCAAAUACGGAUGUACCUGUGGGCAAUGCAUCUCAGGGUUCCUGAGUCCGCGGAUGUGUUUCGCCUUGGAAUGUCAGGCUGACAUAUGGUCAAAUUUCCUUCGUGAAGACAUUGAGGGUAGAGAAAACAAUAGCACCUUUCCCGGCUUCCUGCCGCACCGUGUGCAGAAUGAUCUAAAGAGUAAUAAGUCUAUGAGACAUAUGAUUCCGGAAAAGCCAAACGUGGAAAUGGUGUUGCAUGACGCGAGUGAGUGGCCUCCUACAUCUAGGAGUUUCUUAGAACGUGGUGAAAGCUUUGGUGGGGUCGUCACCAUGCUUUUCCAAAGGGCCAUGGAGAGCGAUGAAAUAUCGUGA